AUGUCUCUGCGAAAGUUGACAAUGGGUGACUUGCUUUUGAAAUGCUCCCAACGGGAUCAGGGCCGGGUCGUUUCCAGGCCUCCAGUGCCCGCCAAAGACACACCUCGGUCGAGCCCACAGAGGACGCUGCCAGCUCGCAACCAAGCUGUAGGCCGCCGCUAUAAGGGCAUGAGCAAUGAGAUUGCAGGAGACAAGGAAAACGACGUUGAAAACAGGGAUGGCGCGAAGAAGCGAACUAGAACAGAGACGGGGCGUGUUAGGCCAAACCAGAUCCUGUCCCCGACUACAUCCAACUCUCGCCUUGCAAAUCGAGAUCGGCCUGCUUCUCCGGCGAAGCCGCAAAUCCCUCGACCCGGCUCUCCGUUGAAAUCCACCGCCGCCUCGCGUGCCGCCGCCACGAGUGUUCUCUCCAGCAUGGUGGAAAAGGCCAAGGCUACGCGUACUAGAGGGGCCAGAAAGGUCACUACGACUUCAGAAGCAAGCUCCACGUCAACAACUGCUGCAAAGACACGACGUCCUGCGACUGCCACAGCCUCAAGAGCACCUGUUUCUCGGCCGGUAACCCGAACUGGCCGUCGUCCUAGUGAGACGAGUGACACCAGUGAGGGAAGUGCCGGAACUGUAGUCAGAAAACCGACCACGUCCAAAAAGGCUGCACGAGCAGUCACGCGUACCACUGUCAUGGGAACUAUUCGAAAGGGGGUUACCGGUGCUACGACGAAGAGAGCAGCGGCAAAAGCAGCGGCACCCACAGCCACAACAGCCGCGAGUGGUAGGGUGUUGCGCAAGCGAGGUUAG